UAAAAACAAACCGAAUAAAAUGAAUAUAUCCAUUUACCUUUAGUAUACAAUCUCAUAAAUUUUUAAUUUAAUGACCAUGGUGACUUUGUUUUAUGUUUUGUAAAUUGGAUUUUAAUUGUAAUUACACUUGAACCAAAUUAAAACCAGCGUGAAUUAAACCAAACUCAACAUAAACCGAAACAACGAACCUAAUUAAACCACUCAAAAUCGAAUAGAAAUUCCCACCCCUAAAAAAAAAAUCUUAUGGAUAGACAUAAACUGGUUGAUCAAAAAAAGGAUAGACAUAAACUGAUGCAACUAGUCAACAUUCAAACACAAUCCACGUGGACUAUUCCUUAACCGACCAAACUAAUUUCACGGAAUCUUCUUCACAAACUCAAGACUUGUCAAACUUCUCUUACUCUUUCUAGACCUCUCUAGCUUUCCUUCUCGUUCCCAACUAUAUAUAUACUUUAAUCUACCGUUCCCUUCUCGCCAAGAAACAAACAUUUCCAAUCUCUCAAAAGCUAGAAGAACCUCGAUCAAGACAGCAAAACACAAUUCAAGAACGAUGAUGUCGAUCUUUAGCCCUUUCGAAGCUCUUUACGCUGAAUCAAACGGCUUCAAGAUGAAACUCCCAGGUGGCCAGAAACAAAGCUCUGGUGAUAGUCAGUCGCCGGCGACGGAACAGCAAAAGAACUACGGGAGGAUUCCGAUAACAUCAGACGACGAAAAGAAUAAGAAGAAGGAGAAGAAGAUCCAACCGAUGAGGAUAGCUCCAGAGCUAGACGGUGUUCAUUGUUUUGAAACAAUACUUCCUUUUUGAUAAUUUUCUAUUUUUUAUUGAUUACUUGUAAGCAAAUAUAUUUCCUUUUAUAUAAAGAUUAAUCAAAACUAAUAUUGAAUGAUCUAAA